CGGCCUGAUAUCAGUCCUUUUGACCAUUUCAAGGUCUGUGUACCCCUGACGCUAUGUCACAGCCGCAUCGAAAAAGACCUAUUGAUUGUAGUUAUCCCUUGUCAUAUCGAUCAGCUGAAAUCCGAUGGAUCCAAAUAGCUUGUUUUGUUUGGCUCCCGUUCGUUCUGAACGCAUAUAAAAUUGCGCUUCCGCUAAAAUAAUAUACAAUUGAACAGAUACCUGCUUAUUAUACAGACCAAUGCUAAUAUGGUGACCUCAAAAGUGCUUGCUGCUGUAUUAACGGCAUCAAGCUUCUGGGUUGUUGAGGCUGGAAAAUGUAAACCACAUCCUCACCCUGAGUAUACGUCACUUUUGUCGUUGAUGUCGGAUACCUCAACUGUAAUCGCUUCUUCGAGUGCAGCCGGUUCUGAAACUGAAACCACGGAGAUUCUUGAUUCUUCAUCUUCAACAGACUAUUCCAGUUCUACCGGUGCCGUCGAUAUUGUGUCAACAGGGUUGGGUGCAUCUUCAACUAUAACUUUGUCGCAAACCACAACUUUGAGUGCAAGCUUUUCGGACUACACAGUAUCUGUCGACUCUACAACCAUUUACAAUUCUGAUUCUGAGACUUCAACUUCGACUUCGCCAAGUAGUCUUGAUCCAACCUCGACUGCUGUAACGACAAUCGAGGAUUCGACCACCACUACGACUAGGGCCACUGUCACCGCCUCAACUGAUAUAUCGGAAUCAAGCAACAGUUUUACUUCAGCCGACACCACUAUCUCAGGCGUUAGUAGUGCUUCAACUGAUACUACUGAUGUCGCAACUACAACCAUUUCCACCACAUCUAACGAGUCGACUGCAACCACCGAUACAGCUACAUCUGCUCACUCAACUUCAACCGAGCUUAAAACACCGACUGACACUACCAAAACAUCUGCAACAACCGAGACAGCCAACUCAGGAGAAAGCAGGGCCUCAACCGGUACCACCACUACUGAUAUCACUACAUCCAAUGGCCCUACUACAACCAUUGAUGCAACAACUAUGACUAGUGAAGCACCCACAAGCAUGGACACUACAACGACCCUGUUUACAUCCUUAUCAGCAUCCGAAAGCACGUCGACAACGGAAAGCCUGUGGACGUCAACAACUACAGCAGCAUCGUGCCCCGUUGUCUCAGUCUCUAUCGAAGACCCAAGCUUUGAGGGGGACAAUACGGGCGAGAAUAGAUGGGACUAUAUGGGGCAGUUCGCCGGUAUUGCUGUACCCUUUCAACAAAAGAGCAGCACCUCUGAGGACGUACCGCGUGCUCAUAGUGGCGAACAGUUUGCGCUUGUUAGCGUAGGAGCUGGCUCUACACUUGGAUCUGAUAUGUGGAGGCCCAUAUCUCUAGACCCAACAAAGAAGUACCAAGUCUGGUUCUCGUAUGCUCCUGUCUCUGACCCUGACCAAGACUGGGACUUUUCCUUCAUCAUUGCCACUCAGAGAUAUGGUCAUGUCCACAAUGAGAAAGUCCUUGUCCCGAAAGGCGCUCCUUUCAAAUACGUUCAACGCACCGCGAUCUUCCAAGGAGCAAUGAACGACCACCUCUAUGCCUUUAUCAGAGCCAACAGCCAGGCUGCCGUUCGUUAUGUUGCUAUUGACGACAUAUAUGUGAGCGAAUAUGCACCGACGUGCGCUGUUCCAACAGAGACGACUAGUCUUUGCGGUGGCACUCAGGGCAGCUUCAACAGCAAUAGCAAAGAUUACAAAUCCAUCUCGAUGUUUCAGGGAAGCGUCGAGAUGUGUGCCCGAGCAUGUCUGGCGGAUGAGAGCUGUGUGGUAUUUGGCUGGGUCGUUAACCAAUAUUACAGAGUCUGUUAUCUUUCAACGGUCUCUAAGGAGAGUAUGGGCAUUUCGGCUAAUGAUAGAGGAACAAAGUUCUAUGACCGAUCUUGUGGGCAAUGCUCUCAGCUCGAAUGCCUGCCUUAUUAGUUGCCGAUGGAUUGAUGUUCAUAUCCAGAGGACAAAUUGACUGUUAGAUAAGAC